CCUUGGACGUACGAAUGGAAGGAAAAGCGAUUCUACAGUGCAGAGGGGCAAACAGAAAAAGUGAAAAGCGACCCAGAAUCGAGUCUUCACAUUUCUACACAAAUAAACAUGCGUUGUUCGAUUCAACAACUUUCAAAAGUCGUCAAAUUUCAACAACGACCCAACAGGGCCAAGGCUAGCCACGAAGAAGGAAGCGCGUUUGACCUUGUAAAUUCCGUCCACCGUGACAGAUUCUUUCUGAAGCUGCAGCUAAGCGCCCAGACACUCAAGCCCCACCAUCCCGUCCCAUCCAUCCUCUGAUUCUCCCAAUCCUUUUCUCUUCGUCCCAUCAUCCCCCUCCAUCACCGCCAAAUUUGAAGGCUGAGGGGGGCUUUUCUUCCUUUCCUUCUUUAUCCCAUCGUUCCCUCAAUCAAAAAAAAAACUUGGCAACCUGUUACCAGCCAUGGCGGACUCUGUGAAGCAAAUCUUAGCAAAACCCAUCCAGCUAGCCGACCAAGUAAUCAAAUCUGCCGAUGAGGCUAGCGCUUCCUUCAGGCACGAAUGCGCGGAGCUCAAAUACAAGUCUGAGAGACUCGCGGGGCUUCUCCGGCAGGCCGCGAGAGCCAGCUCCGAUCUCUACGAACGUCCUACGCGGCGGAUCAUCGAAGAAACCGAACAGGUCCUCACCAAAGCCCACUCCUUGAUUCUCAAAUGCCGCGCCAAUGGCCUGGUGAAGCGCGUGUUCACCAUCAUACCCGCCGCCGCUUUUCGCAAGAUGUCUACCCACCUCGAGAACUCAAUCGGAGACGUGUCGUGGCUCCUUCGUGUGUCCGCCCCGGCGGAGGAUCGCGGCGACGAGUAUCUGGGUCUUCCUCCGAUCGCCGCGAACGAACCGAAUCUGUAUCUCAUAUGGGAGCAGGUGGCGACACUUUACACGGGUUCUCUGGAGGAGCGAUCUGAUGCGGCGGCUUCGCUGGUGUCACUUGCUAGGGACAACGAUCGAUACGGGAAGUUGAUAAUCGAGGAAGGUGGGGUCGGACCGUUGUUGAAAUUGCUCAAAGAGGGUAAGAUGGAAGGUCAGGAGAAUGCUGCGAGAGCAAUUGGGCUGCUGGGUCGUGACCCCGAGAGCGUAGAGCACCUGCUUCACGCCGGAAUAUGCUCUGUGUUUGCGAAAAUCCUUAAAGAUGGUCCCAUGAAAGUGCAAACUGUGGUGGCCUGGGCUGUAUCGGAGCUGGCGGCGAAUUAUCCCAAAUGCCAAGAUCUCUUUGUUCAGCACAAUAUAAUCCGAUUGCUCGUCAGCCAUCUUGCAUUCGAAACAGUUCAAGAACACAGUAAGUACGCCAUUGAUCGCAUCAAACCCACAUCAAUCCACGCGCUUGUGAUGGCAAGUAGUAAUCCUAAUUCUAAUUUAAAUAGCAUCAAUGCCAAAAAGUCCAACGAAGACGACGAGAAUCAGAUUCAGAGUCGGAUAGCGCAUCCGUUGGGUAAUGGAACAGCUUCCCAGCUGCAUAGAGUGAUCACAAGUACUAUGGCAAUGAAUGCUACUCCCAAGCCUAAUGAAGGAAACGCAGGGAAUCAGAACUCCCAAGCCAGUCAACCCAAGAGCAAUGGUCAGAGUAACGGGAAGCAAAAUCAUCAACCGCAUCAUCAGCCAAGCUAUUCACACUCGGGGAUAAACAUGAAGGGAAGGGAACUAGAGAGCCCCGAGACUAAGGCCAAUAUGAAAGCAAUGGCAGCAAGAGCGCUGUGGCACCUAGCCAAGGGUAACUCACCCAUUUGUCGUAGCAUCACAGAAUCAAGGGCUCUCCUGUGCUUUGCAGUACUCCUUGAGAAAGGACGUGAAGAUGUGCAGUACAAUUCUGCCAUGGCAGUGAUGGAGAUUACGGCAGUGGCAGAGAAAGAUGCUGAUCUGAGAAGAUCUGCGUUCAAGCCUAACUCUCCUGCAUGCAAAGCAGUCGUCGAUCAAGUGCUUAAAAUCAUAGAGAAGGCAGAUUCAGACCUGUUGAUUCCUUGCAUGAAAGCCAUUGGGAAUUUAGCGAGGACAUUCAGAGCAACGGAGACAUGGAUGAUUGCUCCUUUAGUGCGACUUUUGGAUGAAAGAGAUGCAGAGGUAUCAAGAGAGGCAUGCAUAGCCCUCACCAAAUUUGCCUGCUCCGAGAACUACCUUCACCUGGAUCACUCCAAGGCGAUAAUAUGCGCCGGUGGGGCAAAACAUUUGGUGCAACUUGUGUAUUUUGGAGAACAACAUGUCGUCCAGAUUUCAGCAGUAGUUUUGCUCUGCUACAUUGCAAUUCAUGUCCCAGACAGUGAAGAACUCGCCGAGGCUGAGGUACUGGCGGUGCUGGAAUGGACAUACAAGCAAUCCUCCUUGACGCAGGAUGAAACAAUCGAGGCGUUGUUGCAAGAAGCCAGGAGUAGGUUGGAGCUUUACCAGUCUAGAGGUUCCAGAGGAUUCCAUUGAUCUCGUCAAUACUCAAGUUUAUUCUUGUCCCUGUAGAGGUUUUCAUUCAUUCGUUUCUUUUCUAUCAUUCUCGGGAGUGUAUAUACAGUCAAAUGCAUUCUUCAAUUCUUCUUAUGUAUUUUCUACCGUCGUAACAGAAUUUGUGCCAAAUUUUAAAGAAUCGCGUAGUUUUCAGUGUAAUUAGUAGCGGUUUCUGUUUUGGUUACUCAUUAGUGAGGAUUUGUUAUCACAAGGACAAUGACUUUGAAGUAAGGCGAUGAUAUCUAUCCAAAACAAAAUAGGGGUGCCUAUUAAUAGACAUGGCACUUUGG